AUGUCGACUAUUAUCUCCAUUAAGGCCCGUGAGAUCCUCGAUUCUCGUGGCAACCCGACCGUUGAGGUUGAUCUUACCACUAAGGACGGCAUGUUCCGCGCUGCCUGCCCCUCUGGUGCUUCCACUGGCGAGUUCGAGGCUCUUGAGCUCCGUGAUGGUGAUAAGGCCCGUUAUCAGGGUAAGGGUGUCCUCAAGGCUGUCGCCAACGUCGAGAAGGUCAUUGCCCCCGCUAUCAUCGGCAAGGACGUUACCGAUCAGGCCGGUAUUGAUAAGUUUAUGGUUGAGGAGUUGGACGGUACUCAGAACGAGUGGGGCUGGUGCAAGGCCAAGCUCGGUGCCAACGCCAUCCUCGCCGUUUCUAUGGCUGUCUGCCGUGCCGGUGCUGCCGCCUCGAACAUGCCUCUCUAUCAGUAUAUCGCCAAGCUUGCUGGUAAGGACACUGAGAAGUUCCUCAUGCCCUGCCCAUGCUUCAAUGUCAUCAAUGGUGGUAAACACGCUGGUAACCGUCUUGCUUGCCAGGAGUUUAUGCUCGUCCCCUGCGGUGCUUCCUCCAUUCACGAGGCUAUCAGGAUCGCCUCUGAGGUCUAUCAUGAGCUCAAGUCGGUGAUCAAGGCCAAGUACGGUCAGGACGCCACCAACGUCGGUGAUGAGGGUGGAUUCGCCCCCAAUAUUCAGGACAUGGAUGAGGCCCUCUCCGUCCUCUUAGAGGCCAUCAAGAAGUCUGGCCAUGAGGAUACCUGCCGUAUUGGUUGCGAUUUCGCUGCCUCUGAGAUCUAUGAUGCCAAGACUGGCAA